AUGCUCAAGUUGAAGCCUUUGCUAUCUACGUUUCUGAAGUGUGAAGUUGGAAACGGAACGGUCACAGCGUUCUGGUGGGAUUCUUGGACAACUCUGGGACCGUUUAUUGACUUUGUGGGCACGACAGGGCCUCGUAUGCUACGCCUGAGAUUGGAUGCGCGUGCGGCUGAUGCGGUGCAGCUUGGGAGCUGGCGACUCCCAAAUGCAAGGUCGGAUGCGGUGCAGGCUCUGCAAAUCCAUUUAACCGCCAUCUCUCCUCCUCAAGCAGGCAGUGGAGAGGACACUUACCUUUGGCGCCUGCCCUCAGGGAUUUAUUCAAAGAACUUCUCCUCCAAGGGAACUUGGGAGCAGCUGAGAGUUCGAUCGCUGCCAGUUAGCUGGGCUAAGACGGUCUGGUUCACUGAAGAGAUUCCACGAGCCUCCUUCAUCCUCUGGGCAGAGUCAACAGCCGCUGCUUCCAUCCAUUCUGGACACAAUACUGCUUCCCCCGAUUUCUACCUCGGCGCACACCACCACGCUGAUGAGGUUGCUGCUACAAGUCACGGUCUACGCUCUGUGGAGAGAGCGGAAUGCACGGAUCUUUACCACAACGAACACGCCAAUACAUGCCUUGAAGGGUGUAGUGGACCGCACGGUUCGAGAUCGUCUCCUUUCCUUCCCUUCGCUGGAUGGCACUCCUUCUCUUCUAGAAUCAUAUUUUGCUUGUAUCUCAUAUCCGUUAUGAUAAACUUUGGUCUGUUCCACAUGUGUGGGAAUUCCCUGCUUCUCGUUGGGCUUGGUGGAACAACUUUCAACAUUCGACAGAACAAUGGAAACAACCUCUUGAACGCAUCAUCAACAAGGUAUGAUGACCAUAUCUCAUUUAGAGCGAUUAACAAAGAAGAAAAAUUCCAUUUCCCAAAAGACUUCCUCUUUGGCACUGCUUCUUCUGCUUACCAGUAUGAAGGAGCUUACUUAACCGACGGCAAAAGUUUAAGCAAUUGGGACGUUUUCACUGAGAUCCCUGGAAAAAUUGAGGAUGGAAGCAAUGGGAAAGUUGCUAUUGAUCAUUACCAUCGUUAUCCGGGAGAUUUGGAUCUGCUGAAAGAUCUUGGAGUUGAUAGCUAUCGGUUUUCUUUGUCAUGGGCUCGGAUUCUUCCAAGGGGCAGAUUUGGAGAUGUGAACAUGGAAGGUAUUAACCAUUACAACAGAGUCAUCAAUGCUGUUCUCGAGAGAGGGAUGGAGCCAUUUGUGACGUUGACACAUUACGACAUUCCACAAGAACUCGAAGUUAGAUACAGAAGUUGGCUAAGUCCUCAAAUCCGGGAAGAUUUCGUUCACUAUGCAGAGAUUUGCUUCCAAUACUUUGGGGACAGAGUUAAAUUCUGGACCACGUUUAACGAACCAAACGUUCAAGUACUUAACAGUUACCGGACAGGGGAGUACCCGCCAUCACGUUGUUCCAAGCCUUUCGGAAACUGCACACGUGGAAACUCCGACAUAGAGCCACUUGUCGCUGCUCACAACAUUAUCCGCUCACAUCUAGCCGCCGUCUAUACAUACCGGAUGAAAUAUCAGGAGGAACAAAGAGGAAAGAUCGGUCUUGUGAUGAGCGCGAACUGGUUUGAACCGGAAGAUUUGGAUCUGAUGAAAGAUCUUGGAGUUAAUAGCUAUCGAUUCUCUUUAUCAUGGGCUCGGAUUCUUCCAAAGGGAAGAUUUGGAGAUGUGAACAUGGAAGGUAUUGAUCAUUACAACAGAAUGAUCAAUGCUACUCUCGAAAAAGGGAUGGAGCCAUUUGUGACGUUGGCACAUUUCGACAUUCCUCAAGAACUCGAAGUUAGAUACGGAAGUUGGCUAAAUCCUCAAAUCCGGGAAGAUUUCGUUCAUUACGCAGAGAUUUGCUUCCGAUACUUUGGGAACAGAGUAAAAUUCUGGACUACGUUCAACGGACCAUACGUCCAAGUCAUUUGUAGUUACCGGACAGGGACUUCCCCGCCAUCACGUUGUUCCAAGCCUUUCGGAAACUGCACACGUGGAGACUCCUACAGAGAGCCACUUGUCGCUGCUCACAACAUUAUACCGUCACAUCUAGCCGCCGUCAAUAUAUACCGGAUGAAAUAUCAGGAGGAACAAAGAGGAAAGAUCGGUCUUGUUAUGAGCGCGAACUGGUUUGAACCGGUUAGUGAUUCUUUAGCAGAUAGAUUAGCUGCUGAGAGAGCUCAAGCUUUCUAUUUGACUUGGUUCUUGGAUCCGGUUGUGUAUGGAAGAUAUCCGAAAGAAAUGCAAGAAAUUCUUGGAGAAGAUCUCCCUAAAUUCACAAAAGAUGAUCUUAUAAUCUCCAAGAAUGGAUUAGACUUCAUCGGGCUUAAUCAGUACACAGGCAGAUACGCGAAAGACUGUCUACAUUCCGCAUGUGAACCGGGAAAAGGAGGUUCGAAAGCUGAAGGAUUCGUCUAUACAAACGCUCUUAAAGACGGUUUGGCUUUAGGAGAACCGACUAGUAUAAGUUGGUUGCAUGUUUAUCCUCAAGGAAUGGAGAAGGUGUUGAUGUACGCAACAGAGCGAUACAACAACAUUCCAUUGUAUGUAGCAGAAAACGGUUAUGGUGAGAACAUUACCGUAGCAUCGUUAAACGAUCACCAGAGAAUAAAGUUCAUGAGUAGCUACUUAGAUGCACUAAAAAGAGCAAUGAGGAAAGGAGCAGAUGUAAGAGGAUAUUUCACAUGGUCUAUACUAGACAGCUUCGAGUGGGUAUACGGUUAUACCUCAAAAUUCGGUCUCUACCAUGUCGAUUUCGAUACUCUAGAGAGAACCCCAAGACUCUCGGCUUCUUGGUACAAGAACUUCAUUUUCAAGAACAGAGCUCAAUCCAAAGAAGAUGAUGCCUGA